CCUGCGCAGCUGGCCCCUGGCUCCGGGUGUCAUGGCGGACGAGGCCACCCGCCGCAUCCUGAGCGGGAUCCCGCUGCUGCGGACCAACGCGGGCCCGCGGGACGCCGAGCGCUGGCGGGAGCGCCUCAAGGAGGAGUACCAGGCGCUCAUCAAGUACGUGGAGAAUAACAAGCAAGCCGAUAACGACUGGUUCCGGCUGGAGUCGAACAAGGACGGAACGCGGUGGUUUGGUAAAUGCUGGUACAUCCAUGAGCUUUUGAAGUAUGAGUUUGACAUUGAAUUUGACAUUCCCGUCACGUACCCGACGACGGCGCCGGAGAUCGCUGUGCCCGAGCUGGACGGCAAAACGGCCAAGAUGUACAGAGGAGGGAAGAUCUGUCUGACAGAACACUUCAAACCGCUGUGGGCACGCAACGUCCCCAAGUUCGGCUUGGGCCACCUGAUGGCCUUGGGGCUGGGUCCCUGGCUCGCUGUCGAGAUCCCGGAACUGAUCAGCAAAGGGCUUGUCCAACACAAGGAAGGGCUGGACAAGAGCUAGGAGCAGACGGAAGCAUCGUAUGGGGGCUGGGCGCGCUGGUGUCUCUGGGGACCGAGGUUUCGUUGGUUGGAGAUGGGAGGACCCAGCUCUUCAACCAUCCGCCUGCUGGACCGCUAGCUCUGCCUGAAUCAUUCCGGACUUUCAACAGGUCUCUCCCCUCCCUCCUUCCCCUGUCCCCCUCCUCCCCCUGUCUCCCUCCCUCCUUCCCCUGUCUCCCAGAGCGUGCUCGCUCUCUCACUCUCACUCUCUCUUUCUCUUGCUGUCUCUCUGUCUCUCUUUCUCUUUCUGCCUGUGUCUCUCUUUCUCUCUCUCUGUUUUUCUUUCUCUGUCUCUCUCUCUCUCUCUCCCCCCCUCCCUCUCUCUCCCCCCCUCCCUCUCUCUCCCCCUCCCUCUCUCUCCCCCCUCCCUCUCUCUCCCCCCUCUCUCCCCCCUCUCUCCCCCCUCUUCCUCUGUCUGUCUGUCUCUUUUUCUUUCUCUGUCUCUCUCUCUCUCCCUCCCCUCUCUCCCUCCCUCUCUCUCUCCUCCCCCCCCCCUCUCUUCCCCCCCCUUCUCUCUCUCUCUCCCCCUCUUCCCCCUGCCCUAUUGCCCUAUCGAAGGGUUUGCACCUUCCUCCCACCACCACCACCACCCCCCCCCCUUCGCUCUGAGCGAGUAGUUGCUGCGAUUGAAUCUCUCACCGCAGACAGCGGGAGGCUGGGGGUGAGCAGAGGGCAGGGAUAGGAUUGCACUCUGACCCACCCACCCCCUCCCCAUCCAUUAGUCUGGAAUAAUGCCCACCCCUGAGGAGGGAUGUGACCGUGUGGGUGCGCGGGCGUCAGAGAGAGAGGAGCGGGCAAGGACUGGGAAGGGUGGCCAAGUUAAUAUUUGAAAUCGGUGCCUGAAAUGACUGUAAUAAAACUGUUCAGCACGUUC